UAGCGAGUAAAAUUGGCAAAAAUACCGUAGCAGACACGUCUUGUCAGGUUCCACUUUUAACAUAGAGAAAGUGAUACACUUGCCCAAUGCGAUUGCUUCUCGGUCCACAUUUCUUUCAACUGCAGACUCCAUUACCAGAACUAACAGAAAACCAAAGUGUUUAGCUUUUUGGGUUGAGGGUGUGGAGGUAUGGGAAGGUUGUUUGUGCUGAGUCUCGAGGGGAAGAUCUAUAGCUGCAAGCACUGCCGGACCCAUCUUGCUCUUUGUGAAGACAUAGUUUCCAAGUCUUUCCAGUCCAGGCAUGGGAAGGCUUAUCUCUUCAGUAAGGUAGUGAACGUAACUUGUGGAGAGACUGAAGAGAGAUUGAUGAUGACCGGGAUGCACACUGUUGCUGACAUUUUCUGUGUUGGAUGUGGAUCAAUAGUGGGGUGGAAAUAUGAGACUGCUCAUGAAAAGGGCCAGAAGUACAAGGAAGGCAAAUCCGUCCUUGAGCGGGUGAAGAUAUCCGGUCCGGAAGGAAACAAUUAUUGGGUCAGUCAUGGAGCGCAUAUCGGUGGCAGCGAUGCAGAUGACGCUUAAUUGAUUAACAUUCAAGACUUUCACAUUCAAUUGUACAUUCUCUAAAUCUCAUUGUUCUUCGUCUUUUAAGUCAUGUAAAAUAUCAGACUGUCGAUUUCGUCAUUUUCGGCAAUUCUCUGCACUUUCCUUCAAUAACAUCAGUGUACAACAUUUGAUUGUUGAUUGUGAUUCACUUCGUAUUCAA